AUGACGGCUUAUAUAGAUUGGAUCGAUUACACGGUUUUCUCCGCCUUGCUGAUCCUCUCCACAGGCAUCGGCGUGUACUUCGCCUUCUUCGCCAAAGAGAAACAAAAUACGACCGCGGAAUACUUACUCGGAGGGAAGACUAUGGGGAUAUUUCCGAUCUCAAUGUCACUCAUUGCCAGUUACAUAUCUGGAAUAUCAGUACUCGGACUGCCAGCAGAGAUGUACGUUUAUGGAACUCAAUAUUGGUUGAUUGUCAUCCCUGAAAUUCUGGUGAGCUUCACUAUGGCUUUCGUGUAUAUACCUGUUUUUUACAAGCUGCAGAUAACGUCAUCUUACGAGUACCUUAGGUUAAGGUUCAACAAAAAGGUGAGAACUCUAGGAUCCUGCCUCUUCAUCAUCAAAAUGUUACUGUAUAUCCCUAUUGUUGUCUACGUACCAGCUUUAGCGUUCAGCCAAGUAACUGGGAUCAACCUUCAUCUUAUAACACCGAUCGUAUGCACCGUCUGCAUCUUUUACACCAGUUUGGGAGGGCUGAAGGCCGUGGUAUGGACGGACACAGUUCAGGUGAUGAUGAUGCUUGCUGCAAUCGGGAUAGUCAUGGUCAUCGGAGUCCUGAACGUGGGUGGCCUGUCGGAAGUCCUGAAGAGGAACCUGGAGUCGGGGAGGAUAGAAUUCGAUGUAUUUGAUCCGGACCCUCGGGUGAGGCACAGCGUGUGGGGUGUCGUCAUCGGUAAUUAUUUCUACUGGCUCGCAUCCUGCUCUGUCAACCAGAUGAUGGUACAGAGGUGUCUUGCAAUGCCGACCAGGACGAAGGCCAACAUGACUAUUGCUAACUUGGCUAUUGGAAUCAUAAUCCUAGUUGCAAUGUGCUGCUUUACUGGUUUAGUUGUCUUCGCUUAUUACUACCACUGCGAUCCUCUCUUAAGCAAAAAAAUAGAAAAGUCGGACCAGAUUUUGCCCUAUUUCGUGAUGGAGGUCGGCUCUUCUGUUCCUGGCUUGCCUGGUCUCUUUGUUUCUGGAGUUUUCAGCGCUGCAUUGAGUACGAUGUCCACCGGUCUGAAUUCGCUGACGGGAGUGAUAUUCCAAGACUUGAUAAAGCCAGUAUUAAAGAGAGACCUUUCGGAGGCCACAUCAAGCUGCAUCAUGAAAGUAAUUGCCGCAUCCAUUGGAGUUCUGUGUGUUGCCUUGGUCUUCUUGGUCGAGAAGCUAGGGGCUCUCAUACAGGCUGGAAAGAGCUUAGGAGGAAUAACCGCUGGACCUCUCCUCGGCCUGUUCUCGCUAGGGAUGUUCUUCCCUUGGGCCAAUGCUCAGGGAGCCCUGAUUGGCGGGAUAAGCGGCGUCCUGGUGACGGGUUGCCUUAGCAUCUUCUCACAGCUGGCCAUCGCCAAGGGGCUCAUCAGGUACCAGACCAAACCAUUCUCCAUCGAAGGCUGUGACCCACCGACCAACCUUACCUUCUCGUAUCCUCCCAGUAACAGUGAAAGCGUGGCUUGGGUCCUACAACUGUCAUACAUGUGGUACACUCUCAUCGGUGUAACCACUGUCAUAUCAGUCGGUAUGGUCGUCAGCUACUUCACGGGGUUCAACAGCGCCGCCGAAGUCAACAAAGAUCUCUUAACACCUGUAAUUUACAGAUAUCUACCUCAAAAAAAGAGGGAAAAACAAUGUCUGAAAAACAUUAUAUCAAAGGAAACAGAACCUCCUGAAGUACAAAGAAAAGAAAAACCUUCUUGA